UCUCUCUCUCUCUCGUUUCCAAAGCCUCCAUCUUUGAAGCUCUUCACCCCCCAAAACACAGAUCUCUCUCUCUUCAUCCAAACCAACACUCACAAUCUCUCCCUCAAUCAAAAGAGACUUUUGAUUCUGCAAAGCUUUCAAGUCUCCAAAUGGCUAUAGCUUCUGAUCAGGCCAACUCCAGCAUCUGCAGUCACUGUGACAGAGCUAUUCCUUCUUCAAAUAUUGAUCUGCACUAUGCUCAUUGCUCCCGGAAUCUAGAAAAAUGUAAAGUUUGUGGUGAUAUGGUUGCAAGAAAAUAUGCUGAGGAACAUUUCUUAACCACACAUGCUCCGGUAUCCUGUUCGCUUUGCAGUGAGACAAUGGAACGUGAGAUUUUACCUGUGCAUAAAGGUGAAAAUUGCCCCCAAAGAAUUGUGACAUGCGAGUACUGUGAAUUCCCUCUGCCUGCAAUUCACCUAUUUGAGCAUCAGGAAGUAUGUGGGAACCGAACAGAACUUUGUCAUCUAUGCAACAGAUACAUUAGACUGCGUGAAAAAAUUGCCCAUGAGAGCAGAUGCAAUGGUGUCCCAGAUGUUACUGCUGAAUCUUCCAGGGCCACAAGGGCAGCUGAAAGAGAGCGUGGUGCUCAAAGAAGGCCGCCACCACAUGAGUUUUCAAGGAGACGCCUCCUUUUCACCAUUGCAAUAACAGGCAUCGCUGUUCUGUUAGGUUCGUUGUUUUUCCAGAGGAAAACAGAGAAUAAUCAUGUGCAUUAGCUGCCGAGGGGAACGUAUUGGCUUGCUGUUCUGGUAUGUGCCCCAUUGCUUAUUUCGUCUACUGGGUUUUGUAUCUGAGCACAUAUACUACUAAGACUUUUGAACUGCUAGGAAUUGUGUCACUACUCGGAUAUGCAUAUCCAUUCUGUGUAAUGUGAUGAGUUCCACCAUUUAGUUUUAGUAAAUAUGUUUUUAUGUAAAGUAACAUGCAUGAAAGUGAUGACCAAUUUACAGUUCAGGACAACACUGUGCCGUGUAAUUCUUUGUUUUCCUUUCUGUAAAAUGUAACUGGGAGUGGAGGUACACCAUUUAUUGAUCGACUUCACUUGGCCCUAUUUUCCAAAA